AUGAUCGAAAGAAAGCUCCUGGAGAGAGCGGCAAACAGGCAGCACGUUGAGGCACGCCGGGCCGAAGAGCGGGGAGGCAGACACAGGCUGCUUCGCGAUGUCCACGCCAUGAAGACGAGGAUGGCACAGGCGCGCAAGGAGGAAUAUCGAAAAGAACAGGAAACUGCAAGUUCUCAGCGGGAAGAAGAGCUUAGAAGGAAAGCUAACCGGGCUCGCAUCAUCCAAAAACAGCACAAAAGACUCCUCUACUUUCUCGGGUAG